AUGAAAAUUAAUUUUUAUAUUAUAUCUAUAUAUUUUUUUAAAAAAAUUAUUUUUUUAUUAUUGAUCUCAACAAUAUUAUUUGAAUUUUAUGUUGAUGGAAAUCAAUGUUAUUCGUGUUCUGGAUUAUGCCAUAAUGAAAAAUGUAAUUGUCAGAUGGGAUCAUGUGAAUCAGAUUAUUGUUAUAUUGAAAGGAGACCUGUUGAUGUUCCUGGAGUAUUUAGAAUAACUAAAGGAUGUGUUAAAAGACCAUCAAGAACACAGGCAGGAUGUGAUUAUGAUACAUUACCAGAUCAUAUUUAUUGUGUAUGUUCAGGAAAUUUUUGUAAUGAAGCUGUUCAUAUUAAACAAAUAUUAAGAAAAAAUGUUACAUGUAAAAAAUGUAAUGAAAAAGAUCCAAAUUGUGAUAAUGUAUGUGUAGGCCAUUGGUGUCAUGAAGAUAGUUUAACCGGUGCAUCAGGAUGUGGAUAUGGUCCACCUACUUUACCUUAUUUUUAUAAAGGACCUCAUUUAUUAUUUCAUAGGAAUAGAGUUUGCCUCACAAUUGCUAGAGGACCAUUAGCUAAACCUAGAAAACAUUGUAUAUGUAAUUCAAAUAUGUGCAAUGAUUUUAUGAAAACAUAUCAAUUAACAUAUAGUUAUAAUUCACAAAAUGUAAAAUCAAAAAUUCAAAAUGGACAAGUUUCAAGAAGUCUUUUUAAUAAUCUUCCAUUGUAUCAAUGUGUAUUAUGUGAUGUAACAUCUCAUGAUUCAAAAAUGACUAGUAACUGUAAACAAAAUCGAUGUAUAGGAAAUUUUUGCACGUACGGAAUUCAUAGAGUAAUAUCACAUGAUGGAAAUUCAUUACAUGGAACUAUUCAAAGAAUAACAGAAAGACAGGGUUGUAUUAAUGUGACAGAUCAUUCUCAAAUUCAACUUGGAUGUAAUGAUAAAUAUACAAGUGUUGAACAAAAGAUAUCAUGUGCUUGUACAUCAGAUUUGUGUAAUAUUGAUGUUGCAACAGCUAACACCACUACUCUAAAGUAUUAUUAUUCCUAUUUUUCUAUAAUACUUUUAAUUAUUGUAUAUCUAAUUAAAUAA